AUGACAGUCAGCUCACAGUCCAGAGCUUUCUCUCCUGGGCUGAGGAAGCUCUUCCAGGAGCUCCUCGCGGCAUUCCAUGCUGCAGUGUUCUUCCCUGAAGUCUCCUUCCUUUCUGACCCGUCUGUGAAGGUGUCAGACAUCAUCUCAGCACGGAGAGGUGCUGUCACUGCUGACGAGGCUGCAGACUGCAGUCGGUCUCUGGUAUUCACUACUGUUGACUCGUCUUUGUCGAAGAUGAGCCCCUGCUCUGAAGCGGGGAAACCCUGUAACCCCUGUCUGGACGCAGCGAAGGCGUGCAACCUCAACGAGACAUGUAAACGCCUGCGAUCCGCCUACAACUCCAUCUGCAGCAAGGCCACGCCCCCUCAGCCCUCCCUGGCCAAUCAGGAGCCGUGCAGCCGGAAGAGGUGUCAGAAGGCUCUGCGUCAGUUCUUCGAGCGGGUCCCGUGGGAGCUGAGCUACCCUCUGCUCUUCUGCUCAUGCCCAGACCAGGCGUGUGCCGAGCGCCGCCGCCGCACCAUCGUCCCCUCCUGCUCCCACCAGGAGAGGCACAAGCCCACCUGCCUGGAGCUGAGACGCACCUGUCGCUCCGACGCUCUCUGCAGGUCUCGGCUCGCAGAUUUCCACAUGAACUGCCAGAUGACGUCUCACACCGUCACCAGCUGCCCCCAUGACAACUACCACGGCUGCCUCAUGUCCUACGUCGGCCUCCUCGGCUCAGAUGUGACGCCAAACUACAGCGACAGCAGCCCCUCCAAUAUCACCAUCAGCCUGUGGUGUACCUGCAGGGGCACCGGCAAUCAGGAGCCCGAGUGUGACGCUUUCCACCGGGACUUCACACACAACACCUGCCUCAAAAACGCGAUCCAGUCAUUUGGUUACGGCGCAGAGGGCGGCACUCUUCUUGUAACCGAGCCGUCGUCCACCUUCUUACCCCCCGCCCAGCCACCAAUCAUCUCCAAACCCGCUCCCUCUCUACACGGCAACGCAAUCAAACCCAUGGACAGUGCUUGUAUGUUUUCCACAUGUGCUAACCUGCAGGACGGCGGCCAGAAGUGCGUCCCCUCUGACGAGUUCGAGUGCGAGGAGUGUGAAGUAGAGGAUGAGGUCAAGGGAGACACAUCCACACAGGGACGAGUGGGGAGAUUUCUUCUUUGCUCUCAUUUGCCUGCUGACUUCAUCAUCUGUCGCCUCACCGCGUCCCUCCUUUGUAUUCUUUUUAUCUCCGCUCUCCGUCGGCCACAGCGGCCGAGCCUGUCGUGUUCGAGUGGAGAUGAAGAGCCUGUCGAGCCUCUGCUGCAUGUCGAGCUGCUCUCCAAAGCUCGUAGUGCCUGUGUGACUCCUGCAGCCUCCUCCUCCUCCAUCCUGCUCCAAAAACCUGCUCACACUGUUCGCUCGCUCUCUGUUCACAAGUUCAGACAUUCGUUCAUCACAGUGAUCCCUGACGGCCAUCUUCUAACACAGAGUCAGUCACCAUGA